AAACUCAGUGUUAACGUCGACAAAUGCGAAACCAUAUUAUUCAGGAAGCCGUUGUAUCUAGCGAAUCGAGAUGUAAAACGUAAUUAUAAGACUUUUAGUAUAAGUUCCUAUGCUAAUCUCGAGCGCAGAGUGAUCCCUCAUAAAAACAUGGUUAAAUAUUUGGGUGUAUGUAUAGAUGAAAGGCUUCAUUACAAAACACAUGUGUAUAUGCAACUUGGUAAAGCAACGCAAAUGUUCAUGAGCCUCAGAAGGCUCUUUUAUUCCAGAAACUUGCAUACGGAAGUCAAAGUAAUAUGCUACCAGUUGCUAAUAAGAUCGAUUAUAGCCUAUGCUUGCUGCAUAUGGUUUAACGUCAGUGCAUCUAUUAUGGAACGAAUAAGGGUAUUCGAAAGGAAAUGUCUGAGAGCCUGCCUAAAUCUGAACCGAACGGCGGAAUCCGAUUACACUAAAUAUGUGAGUAACCUGACUCUGUAUAAUACGGCCAAAAUACCGAGAAUUGAUAAUUUUAUGAUCACGCUUAUGAGAGAUCAUUUUGCUCAAGCUUGUAGAAUACAUUCGAAUAGUUUAGUUUAUUGCGCCAUAUUCCCUAACGAAAUGUACUAUUCUAAGACUCUAGACAUCGGAUAUAUACCGCCAGAGGCGUCUACCUCGACAAACACGGUUUUAUUCAGGACGCCAAUGGCAUCCCAAUCAUUUAUCAUUACCCUAGACACAAUAAAGUAAAGCGUAUCACCUACCCGAUACACUCUGAUA